AUGUUUCACGAAAUAAGCAUAGCGUGCAUCAAAUCCACUGUAUUCCCCAUGCUGGUUGUUCAGUGCUCUCACUUGAAUCGCCUUCCAGGUCGAGCACUACGAAUUCUUCGAUUGGCGAAACUGCUCAGUCUUUUGCGAUUAUUAAGACUGUCACGCCUGGUGCGAUAUAUCACGCAAUGGGAAGAGGUGGUCAACAUUGCAAAUAAAUUUAUGGGGAUAUGCAAUUUGGUCCUCAUAAUGCUUCUUCUGGGACAUUGGAAUGCUUGCUUGCAAUUUCUCGUCCCGAUGCUCAUGGAUUUUCCCGUUCAAAGUUGGGUCUCAAAGGCGCACUUGCAGAAUGCUCAUUGGUUCGAGCAGUACACUUGGGCUCUGUUCAAAGCCUUAUCACAUAUGCUCUCGAUUNUUGGGUACGGACGCUAUCCUCCGAGCAGUUUGCCGGAAGCAUGGAUCACAAUUGUAAGCAUGAUGACCGGGGCAACGUGUUACGCUCUGUUUGUGGGCCACGCAGCUGCGUUGAUUCAAUCGUUUGACGCUUCCAAACGAAAGUAUCGAGAAAUGCUCAAACAAGUGGAAGAGUAUAUGGCCUACAAAAAGUAUCCUCGGAGUCUGCGACAACGAAUAACCGGCUACUAUGAGCAUCGGUACAAAGGAAAAAUGUUUAAUGAAAAAGAAAUUUUGGGAGAACUUUCCGAAUGCCUACGGGAACAAAUUAUUAACUACAACUGUCGUGCCCUAGUCGCCGCCGUGCCCAUUUUCGCCAAUGCUGACCAAAACUUUGUUUCCGAGGUCGUUGUACGGCUCAAACAAGAAGUCUUUCAACCAGGUGACCUGAUUAUCAAAGAGGGUACGGUUGGGAACAAGAUGUACUUCAUUCAAGAAGGUGUGGUCAAUAUUAUCACCAAAUCGGGAGUAAUUGCAACCCGGUUAUCGGACGGUUGUUACUUCGGCGAAAUCUGUCUCCUAUCGAACGCCAGGCGCGUAGCCACCGUUCAAGCCGAAACAUACUGUACGUUAUACUCUCUGGAUCAAAAGAAUUUCUACGAAGUACUUGACAAUUAUCCGGCAAUGCGCAUCUCAAUGGAGAAAGUUGCCGCAGAGAGGUUAAUGAAUAUCGGUCAUCGGCCCUCAAUUGUUCAACAACAUUCAGAUCCGAAAGAUCGUUCAGACUAUGCCCAGAAAAUGGCAGACCAGGUAACUAAGGCUUAUCCAUCAGAAAUCCUGCCCUGA